CAAAGCAGCAGCACACCACCUGCUACACAGCAGUAGCACUCUACCUGCUACACAACAGUAAUACACUACCUGUUACACAGCAGUAGCAGACCACCUGCUACACAGCAGUAGCACACUACCUGCUACACAUCCAGUGAGACGCUGAGGGAACUACUGCUACACAGUAGUAGCACACUACCUGCUGCUACACAUCAUGAGACGGCGCGGGAUCCCAGUGGUUCCUGGUCUUGCUGCCAUGUGUAUCUUAUGGACGCUGACAACAGCAGGAGUACAGGAGUCAGGAAGCUUCGGUGCAGGUGUUCACGUGGUGGGUCUGCUAGGAGACGCGAGCACCAGGGAGGACCACUUUCUGCAAUCUCUCUGCAGGCUGCAGUACCCCAAUGUUCAGGUGUUGAAAAACUGGUGUCCUUCAGGAAGGUGUGAGGAGGACGCCAGACUGGAGGACCAGCUGAAGAACUUGCCCGAGGACGACCUAGUUAUUGUUGUCAGCUUGUGGGGCGAGUUUGUUUACUUCGUAGCAAGUUACGCGGACGCCAGAGCGCACCUGAUGGAUGUUGAAAAUUCACUGAUCGUGGCUCAUGUUUCUUUCCUGAGUCCUGAUGACGGCAAGAAACAGAAACGAAAGGAGAAAUACGUAGAUAAGAAAACGGCCGAAGAGGGUGAAGAGGAUAAAAUGAAUAACGAGGAGAGAGAGGGAGAACAUGAUAGUAUUAGAGACAAUGUAAAUAUUCCUAGAGAAUCAGGGGAAAAUCUCGAAAAGGAAACUAAAUUUAAGAAUAAUGAGGCAAAAGUCUUAGCUAGAAAGAAGCAAGAAGAUUACGAAGAUGAGAACACAGGACUGAAAAAAGACGCGAUUCAGAUCUCUGAUAAAAACGAUAAUGACGAAAAAAAUAAAAGAAAAAUAAGAGAAGUUGAAGAGGAAGCCAACUUUUCAAGCGAGAAUAAAGACGAUGAAGCAGCGAAGAAAGGAAAGACAAAGGGAAGUAAUAAAGAAGAAGUAAGGACUGACGAGAACCUCGUCUGGUCUGUUCUUAAAGGAGGAGUGGUUAUGGGUCGAGUGAGUAGCCUGAUGAGAACGCUGCAGGAGCGGCGAGUGGGUGGCACCCAGCUUGUGGAUGACAUCCAGCGUGAGGGUGGCACCCAGAGUGAGGGUGGCAUCCAGCGUGAGGGUGGCACCAUACAGACAGUGCCAGACACUGUCGCUGAGUAUGUCGUCUUUGGAGAGAGACAGGAGGGUACACUCACAAUGACCGAGCCUCUACGAGUGGCGUUCAGUCCUGCAGGCAGCGCUGACGUUGAGGCCAGGCGGCCCCUGCUGGCCUACAGUCUCCAUCAAAACCUCGACUUUUAUAACACUUUCGAAGUGCUGGGUGAAGAGCGAGGGGCGUGCCCCUACUACCCUUACUCCGCCCACGCCACGCCCACUCAGCUUGAACAAGAUCCUCGGCUACUGGUGGUUCUCCUGCUGGGAGGUUCCUGGGCUCCCUUCCUGGAUGAGGUACUGAGGGGCCUUGCCUCACAGACCUACCCAAAAGACAAAAUGGAUAUCUGGAUCUUGGCCAAGACAGGUCAACAGGAGACAGAAAUCUCCCAGUUUAUGGCGCGUCACCAGCACCAGUACGCGUCCCUGGAGGUGACCAGGGACCAGGAGCUACAACCACACCUGGCCAGGAGUAAGUGUGAAGCUGUGGGCUGCUCCUUCCUGCUGCUGAUGGAGCCACAGGGGCUCCUGGAGGACCCGGCCACCAUCUCUACACUCGUCGCCUCCGACAGGUCAGUUGUGGCGCCUCUGCUGAAGCAGAGGAGGAAGGACGGGAAGGUCAACUACAUGUACGGCGGCGCCUCCAGCUCUGUCUGGAAUCAGUUCAUUCGUGACCGCACCUUCAGGGCGACGUUGCAGGUGGAAGACGUGCACACCAUUAGACUCGUCAGAAGAGACCUUAUCGACGACUACCUAGCUGGCAAGCAGGUUGUUUGCUACAUCAACACAUCAGGUAGGAGCGGACAGCUGCUCGAUCCUCGAGGGUAUAAGGAAGGUAAGAAACACCCAGACCUGUGGGGUAUCAGGCACAACACGGAGGCCUGGAGUCGAAGGUACCUCCAUCCUGACCUCUUCAAGAUCAUCAAGGGCAAGAAGGAACCCGAGGAGGUUGGUGCUUAUCUGUACUACGUUCCUUUCUUCACCGAGCGUUUCUGUAAGGAAAUGAUCGAGGAGAUGGAACAUUUCGGUCAGUGGUUCAACAAAGACUAUGAUGACCGUGACGAGGGCCACGUCUACAGCAGUGUGAACAUCAACCUAAGUCAGAUAGGUUACUCUCGCGAGUACAACAUGAUCAUCAACUCCGUCAAGAUGGAGCUGCUGAAGACGCUGUACGGGUACAGCUCGCGGGGUGCAGCUAUGCUACUCUUCGUACUCAAGUACUCAGCCAGCUCCCACUACAACACCUUCACCUACCACCUGGACGGAGGAACCUACACCUUCAAUAUCGCGCUUAACAGUGGCUUUAUGGGAGGUGGUCUGGAGUACAAGUUAGGUAACACAUACUUCGGGACAGAGCGAAGAGUUUGUGGUUUUUCCCACAAAAAGAACGGCUGGGCCGUGGUCCAGCCGGACCGGCCGCUACACAUGCAUCAUGGGGUGCCCCUGACCUUCGGUGUGCGCUAUGCUCUCAUUGCUAUCAUUGAAUGCGCAGGGUGGAGGGUGGUCCCCCUACAUCUAGAACUGGCGACAUCCCAACGGGUUGGCUAA